CUGUUCGGGAAGUUUUUGAUUUAUCCAUAGCAAAUACGUAUUGGGAAUUUGGGAUCUCAGUCGCUGCUUUAGAAUAAGUGAAUUGAAACUGAGAGAGAAGCUAAAUACACCGGACAAAGGUCUUUCGGUAACAGCAUUUUGGCUGUUCCAUUGUCUGAGCAAUCAACUCCCACUUCAAUCUCCCUCCUCUUGAAAACCCACUUCUUCUUUUCUCAAAACUCACUGAAAAAGAGCUUUUUUUUUUUUUUUUUUUCGUUUAUCCUAUGGCCAGUUUUUGCUUUUCUUAGACCUGCCUCUGCCCCUUCGAUUUUUUUUCUGCGUUGUCUUCUUAAUCUUCUUGAAAUUUUAUCACUUUUUUCCAUUGGACUUGUAUCAAGUAACGACCUAGUAAUGGAUUUUUGGGUUCCAUAGUGUUCAGAAUGCUUUCUUUAAGGGAUUUUUGGAGAAGGCAUAGGAGGAAGAUUUUUGUUGCAACAGGUGUUUUAGGAGGUGGAUAUAUUCUUUAUAAGCUAUAUGAGUCUCAUCGUACGCUUGCUGAUCUGGAGAGACAACACCGUGAGCAUGAUGAAGUCAUCAAGGCCCAAAUGGAAGCCCACUUUGAGAAGGUUCAAAGAAUAGCUGAUGCAACAACAUUGCCCCAUGCAAUUCACUAUUUAAGGGGUCAGAUAGAGGAAGGGCUGGCUCUUUCUCAGAUUACUGAUAAGUUAAUGAGAGGAAAGGAGCAGCCCAGCUCCUUGUCACCUUCUGAGAAACUGGAACUAUGGGACACACUCAAAAUUUUAAGUUUCACAAAAAUGGUGGUGUCACUAUGGUCAGUGACGAUGCUGAGCUUAUAUAUUAGAGUUCAGGUUAAUAUUCUAGGGAGACAUUUAUAUAUUGAUACAGCUCGUGGUCGUGGAAGCUCUGAAUCUCCUGAUGAUGAUGAUUCCAUAGACAGGGAUGACCAGCAAAGAUUUCUAGCAAGUGUCGAUUUUCUUGCUAAUUAUGGCUUGCAGGCAUUGAUUUCUAAUAUUGAGGCAGCAGCAACCACAGUUAUGAAGGGAAAGCAGUUGAGAGAUUUAUUUGACACCGGAGUGCUUCAUGAAACUGUGAUACAAAUAAUUGAGAUGUUCAUGAGCAUGGGAAGUCCUCAUCAGUGGGUGGAUUUCUUGAUGCCUGCAGAUGCCAGCUUCUACAAACUAGCUACAGCCUCCAGUCAUGAGAACACAAAUCUUCCUGAUGUUACCAAAUUUGAUCAGCUUAUGGAGGAGACUCGAGCUGUCCUAUUGAGUGCUGAAUAUGGUAGUGUUGUUGAUGUAUCAUUUAAAGCAGCGGUUAAUGUCCUGGUGGAUGAAAUGAGCGUUCAAUCUGGAGGCGGUCUGAUGACGGGGAUGCCAUUGGCCAAACUUGUACCUCGAGUGAUACAAAUGGGGCCAUCACUGCUGGAUGAACCAAGCAAAAACAGGAUCUGCCAAAUCAUCAGAAGCAUACCAGAAGUUCAACUCUUCUUCACACUUGUGUAUGCAAACAUUUCAACCUAGUAGAUUAGUGAGCUUGGGAUGUACUUUUUUGGACAUUUGGCUUCCAUGCAAAAGAGACAUGAAUGUAUAAAGUUGAAUGGGGGAUGGGAAUUCAUUCCCAAGAACUCAAUGUGAAAGUAAUGAAGUUUUACUGCAUGAAUUUGUAA